GAGAGAGAGAGAGAGAGAUUAUCCUUAAUUAGCAGAUCACAUCACUCCAUCCGACGCAACUAUAAAAAUGCGACCACCCUCCAGCAGAGGAAAACUUCCUACACUCCACCUCCUCCUUCUCCCUCCCUCCUCCCUCGUUCACACUUGAAGAACUUCAGCAAUGGCCGCCUCGAGAAUGAUCUCCCGGCCUACGCCCGCCCACAGCCGCCCCUAUGCUCCCGACGACGCCGUCUUCGAGUUCGACGAGCCCGAUCUCCUCUGGUCCUCCUCCGACGACGCCCCCUACGACCCCAGAAAGCCCCAGCCCCGGUCCCUGAAGAAGCUGCAGAGGAGGCCGUCGUCCGCGGCGGAGGCCCCGCCCUCGCAGGCCGCGGCGGCGGCGGCUGCUGCGGCUGCGGCUGCGUCGUUGCCGGUGAACAUACCGGACUGGUCCAAGAUCCUGCAGGGUGACUACGGAGAACACCAGCGGGGGAGGGAGGGCGCCGAGGUUUUCGGCGGCAGCGACGGCGAGGUAGAGGACGACGGGGAUAGGGUACCGCCGCACGAGUUCUUGGCGCGGAGGAGGGGCGCGUCGCUGUCCGUCCACGAGGGCGUCGGGAGGACGCUCAAGGGGAGAGAUCUACGUCGCGUCCGGAACGCCAUUUGGAAGAAAGUCGGCUUCGAAGACUAGAGAGAGAAUACAGAGAGACAGAGAGCUGGCUCCUUGUCGAUUCGACUAAAAUAUUAUUAUUACCAGUUAUAUCAUAUGCUCGGAACACGUAUAUUGUGGUCGGGGAAAUUUUUGAUACAGCUUUAGGCCGUGCUGGAGAUGGAGAGCGAGAAACGCAAAGCCUUUUUCUCUCCGUCUCUCGCUCUCUUUCACAUCGGCACAAGCUUCAUUUUCCCCCAUAAGUUCUUUCUUUCUUUCUUUCACGGAUCAAUCUGGUGUUUUUGGGGUGUUGUGUUUUCUGUUCUUGCUACUUUUUGAAGGAAAGAAGACGGCUCUCCUCUCUGCAUGUAAUUCAUCUCUCUCCUUUCUCGAUC